AUGAAGGCAAAGGCCCCUUCUUUCUUGGUGUUGCAGCAACAAAUCGCGGCGUUACCGUUUGAUGUGUUAAUCCGGCGGAUUCACUCAAGCUCUCAGAAAAACCCGUCACGCUCCCUUGAGGCACACUUCCUCGGUGUCAGCUCCUUCUCGGUCGUUGUAAAACGUGAUGGGCCUUCUCAUGUCAACUUAUUCACGCCCAACGGCCUAAGAGCAGCAACCGACGAAGCCGCAGCGUCGCCACUUGAACUCCGCUGGAUUUUAAGNCAGCGGCUACUUAUGGACGUGCAGCAGCCUCGGGCACGUCUGCAGCUUCGUCUUGAUGAUCUGAGUUUGAUUCUCGCGAAUGCGCUUCGACACAGAUUAUCCCCUGAGCUCGUCAGCACAACGCUGCGACUCUUCAUACAAGCACUCAACACUACGGGAGGCUCUGACAGUCCCUCCCAGCAGGUCGAGGCCCUUUCUCGUGUGAUGGAAGUGUGCUGCGAUGGACUCGUGGAGUCUACCGCUGUGAGGUGGGAUGAACUGGCAGGCCUCGUGGCGACGGUGGAGCAGCGAUGGUCACUCUUCACCAAGUCAAACUCCCUUUGCUCUCUGCUGAUACAAUUCCUUGCAGCCGUCAUUACGGCGCAACUCCCAAUGGAAUCGUCGCCGUCGCGCAUGCUGAAAGCAGAACCAGCCCUGCUGAAGGAAAGGUGUCUUGAGCUCACCAAUGACGCAACAGAUAGCUUGGUAGAGGCAAUGGCAGCCGGUGGUCCCCUCGCUUGGAACCCAGCCGAGCUGCAGGCAAUGUGUGCGGUAGUUGCGCAAUUGAGUCAUUUUGAGGACUCCCGAAAUCUCCCUCCAUCUGGAUCAGCGGGACGAAGGCGGAUCUGGAGACGCGUGGCGGCGGCAACAACAACUACAACAACAGCAGCAGCAACAAAGAUAGCAUCAGCGGAAGCGGCACACGUUCACAAAAAGCUUCGCUACGUAGUGACGGCGCAAGUUCUCACACAAGGCCGACUGAUUGGGGAUGUGCAGGCAAUGACGCUGCAACACGCGGCCGGUUUUUUCGUCAGUGUCUCGUCUGCGUGUGGUACUGAGGGGGUGGAUCGAUUCGCUGUGCCGGUUCACAACGUUCUAAAGAGGGCCGUCGUUGGUGACGCGUCGAGCAUGGCGCACGUUAUUCGCAUCGCCGAGGCAAGUCUUCAGGUGGAAGGUGCGACACUGGUCUUGGAAGAGGCAAUUCGCUGUAUUUCUCGCCACGCCUUUGUGCUGACUACGGGAUCCACGUGGAAUCUUCUGUGCAGUGCGUGCGCCGUGCUGGAGAGUGCACCUUUGAGCAUGCGCACGGUGGUGGUGAAGUGUGUACAUGCGCUGCAGCUCGCAGUGGGGACUGCACGGCGCCUUCCCACAGACGACUCCCCUGAGGUAGAGUCGUUUCGUUUGGGUUUGGCCAUGGUGAGCACACUCCUCGUGACUCACGACGUGUGCGUGAGUGAGCGAAUGGAGGAGAUCAUGCAGUCUAUCGUCGAGGCCGCGCCGCCUGUGAAGGACGGAGGGCGUGGGCCCGCCACGGUGAUACGGUGUUUCUUUUUUUUUGCCUCCACCACUGGCCGCCAUGCCGGCGACGAGCCUCACGGCGGUGGCAAGCGGGAAAGGGCACUGCAUCUGGCCAUGGUGGAGGCGGGUCGGCUCCUCGGCGAGAAAGCAGACGGGGGUCGCAGCAACAGCCAGCACUAUUUGACCAGCGCGGAGCGCACCAUGCUGCGCAUGGCAUUUAAGCAGGCACGCGCUCUGACAAGAAGCGCCCAGAAUGAAUUACAACAACAGCCUCCGCAGCCGCCAUCGUCGGAGGAAAAUGGCGAGUGUGGAAGAAUGCCGCCACCGCGCAAUAUGGGAAAGGCCGGCCAAGUAUGA